AUGUCAGAUAAUAAAAUAUUAAACUUGUUUGUUGUAUUGUUUGUAAUAAAGUCCAGCUACACUGAACUUAUAGAUGAUUUUAGUCGCACAACAAAACACAAUCUUGGGGACUACGUUCUUGAUAAUUUAGAGGUUAUGAUUCAAAAGCAUAUGUAUAAAUAUGCUAACACUGCUAAACAUAUGCUAAAUGACAAAUCUUUAGAAUUUCCAAUUCAACAAGAAAUUUUCAAUUUCAAAGAAAAUAUCAACAAUUUAAUAGAAAACUAUAACAACGAUUUAACAUUUAUUGCAAAUAUUAUGUCAAUCAAUGAUUUCGUGGAAGUUGUUGAAUAUUAUUUAAAUCUCACAGAGAAACAAUUAACACCAGAAACUAAAAUUAUAGUGGAAAUUUUGAAAAAAUACAAAUGUCAAGAAUUGAAUGACGACUAUGAAAUGGAUUUGAAAAUAUUUAUUAAAGAUUUUGAAAAUAAAUUUGAAGCCAACAAAAUGCAUCUCGACGAACCGUUACUAGAGUGGUAUAAACAUUUUAAAAGUUUGGAAGACUAUGAGGAACAAAUUAUGGUUUUUGUAUUGCUUUUACAAAUGGCUUUUAAUUAGAGAUUUUGUGAAAAAAAAUUGCAAAGAAAAAUAAAAUUUUAAGAUAUU